AUGGAUGGAAGAGUAUCCCCGGAGCCCAUUCCGCAAACCGGUGGCGAUCAUAUGCGUCAGGGAAACCAUUUUCGCGCACUGUCGCGCAAGGCGCUUUCGUAUCAAAAAAGACAGAUCUUUACCAACGUGUGCUGCAUAUGCCUGUUGCCCGUGCUGAUGAUCCUGAUAUGCGCGAUUCUGUCCAAAGUGGUGAGCAACUCUCUCCAUCGAAUUCCACACGUCGCGCUAGAAUACAUCUACUGCUCCAAUCUGAACGCCAUGUCGUCGAGGAACUGGCCCCUCCAGGACAUCUCAAGCGCAAGUGGGGCUCCGAUUACGCCGCAAGCCAACGUGCCCGGAGCGACCGAAGAUGUCAUCAACAUCAACGAGUAUAUUCUUAUCAGCACUUCUACGACGGGCAAUCCCGGCGUCGGCACCCUCGGUUUUGUAAAUCCAUGCGUCAGAUGGUUCGGAGAAAACUACCCACUGUCAGCUCUCUACGAACAAGACCCUCAGCUUACGGGAGUUUACUCCAACCCUGUUUUCCGACGCGAUACGACCUACACGGCCGAGCCGCUGCAGGGAUGGGUCGCCAAUCUUCUCACUGGCGGAACAAUGGCCUACCUGUUCUCAAACAUCCAAAUGCGGCCAUGGAGCUACACUGUCCAAUCAAACAACAUCCAGUCUGGUGUUCUGGGAACCAGCCCACAGCUCAAUCCCGUCACGAACUUUACAGUUGCCCUGGCAACCUUUGGGAGUACCCCAUACGCAUACAAGCCCGCCAAUGUCUCGAACGGACUUUUGGACACGAUUGCCAAGCGCUACUGGCUCAAUGUAUCGUUCACAGCGCCCUCGCCUUUCCAGGGAAUCCAGCAAGUGCCCUACUUCACCGGCCUCACGGGCAGCACCCACACAGUGCUCGACGGCGCCAUCUCCGAGGCCGUUUCCGAUACACUUGCUCUCUUGGCCAAUCUAAACAAGUCAUCCCUCACUAACAUCUCGGCAACAUCGUCUUCGACGAGCCAGUACCUUGCCAGCGCUCAGCAACUGAGCAGCAAUGUUCCCUAUGGCGGCUUGUAUUUCGAUGUCAUCGACUACACCCAUCUGUACUUCCGCUACAUCAUGCAGAUCGGCACCGACAGCCGUCUUGUGGCAGCCGUCAACUUUCCAGCGCAGGGACUGCGUCAGGUGUUGCAGCAGGCGCAGCUCUCGAACGCCUUCCUGCGAUUCAGCAACCCGUCGGCCCUGGGAAACUCCUCGAUCACCCAGGGCGUGCGGAUCAUGCCCGAGUUUGGAAGCACCAAGAUCUCGAUUCCCUUUGGCUCUCUCAUCGGAAACAUACUGUAUCCCUUCGGCAUCAGCUUCCUGCUGCCGAUCUUUGUGAUCACCCUUGUCAAGGAGAAGGAGGAUCGAAUCCUGGUGAUGAUGAAGAUGAACGGCCUCAAAGUCUGGGCAUACUAUCUGAGCCACUAUAUUGCCGUGUCGCUCGCAUUCUCGCACAUCUUCAACCGCAGUCGAAUUGCGCUGAUCAUUGUCUUUAUUUUGGUGCUCUGCGGCGUCAUCAUUCAGCUUGUGGUCAACCGAAUCCUGACGACGGACGCGGCUCCAGCAGCUAUGUUUAUAUGGCCGCCGUUUGCCUUCUAUCGCGCACUGUAUCUCAUGAACAUCUCGGCCAUAUCGACCACGUCACCGGGUUACUCAUUCCGAAACUUUGCACCCGGUGACGAGGUGUUCACGGCGAUGAUGUUCCUCAUUGGAGACACCGUAGUGUAUCUCAUCAUCUCUUGGUAUCUGUACAGCGUCAUUCCCACCGAAUUCGGCAUCCACAAACCUUGGCAUUUUCCUGUGACGGACACCAUCCGAUAUUUCCAGAAGCGACAGAGAAUGAAACUCAAUGGUGGAGUUGACCCCAACUCGGAAUACAACCUCGCAGUCAAGAUUGCGGUCUCGCCCGAGGAACUGCAGUUCGAGGACGACGAUGUCAAGGCCGAGAAGCAGCGAAUCGAGACCGAAGCGUUUCCGCACGACUCUCCCCUCAUCCUCAAGAACAUGCGCAAGGUCUACAAGGGCCGCGGCGGUCUCGGCCCAAAGAUCGCCGUCAAGGACGUGUCGUUUGCCGUCGAGAGCGGCAUUGUCUUUGGGCUGCUGGGGCCCAACGGCGCAGGCAAGACGACGCUGAUCUCGAUCCUGACGGGACUGUACGAGGCCUCGCACGGCACUGCGCUCCUGGCUGGCAAGAACAUCAAGACCGAGACCAAGGAGGUCUAUGGCAACAUUGGCAUCUGUCCGCAGUUUGACAUCCUGUGGGACGACCUCACGGUCGGCGAGCACCUGUACUUUUAUGCACGCCUGAAGGGAGUCUCUCCGUCCAACGAACGGGAGGCUGUCCAAGAGUCUCUGCGCCAGGUUGCGCUGGAAGCCUUUGAGGGCCGCCUGACCAAGGGACUGUCGGGCGGCGAGAAGCGACGGCUGUCGAUUGCGAUCGCCCUUGUUGGCAAUCCGGCUGUUGUGUUCCUGGACGAGCCGACGACUGGACUCGAUCCCGAGGUCCGCCGCCUGAUCUGGAACAUUGUCAACAAGGCUCGAGCCGGCAGGACGAUCGUGCUGACCACACACUCGAUGGAGGAAGCCGAGGCCCUGUGCCAACGCAUCGGCAUCAUGGCCAAGGGCACACUGCGAUGCCUGGCCAGUCCCAUCCGACUCAAGGAAAAGUACGGGUCGGGUUUCCGCAUCUUCUUCAACAGCCAGGCAGAAGACUCGGAGCAUGCUCGAAGCUUCAUCGAGAGCGUGCUGCCGCCGGGAUGGAAGCGACUCGACUCGUUUGCCACCAAUGCAUCGUACGAGUUCCCGCCGCAGCCCGGGGCGAUCGCCAACCUGUUCAAGGUCGUCGAGACCCACAAGGCCGAGGCCCGGAUCCUGGACUGGGGCAUCAGCCAGACCACCCUCGAGGAGGUGUUCCUGCGACUGAUCAGCGAGAACGACGCCGAUGCCGACUAGUGAUGGUGCUCGGCAGUGCUCGGCGGUGCUCGGUGGUGCUCGGUGGUGCCGUGCUGUUCUUGAUCGCCUGCAGUUGCAUUGCAGUGGCCCUGUCGAGUGCACCGUUGCUUGCGAUUGUCGCAUCCAUGCCUCUGUGCCUGUCGCUGCUUGUGUGGAGUGGUCCUGGGCUCGAUGCAGCCCGCAAUAUACAGACCCCGUCGCCGCCGCA